AUGACUAGUACACGCAAACUGGUUGACAAUGGCUAUCAGGCAUUUCCAUACACAUACUGCAAUAAAUGGAAUGACAGGGAAUUGAAGUUUGCCCGGACGGUGAUUUUUACUGUGGAGGAGAUUAACAGAGAUACUAAGCUCCUUCCUGGAGUUAGUCUGGGCUAUAGGCUGUAUAACGGCUGUGGGAGUGAAAACCUGAUGAGAGCAGCCGUAGAAGCUGUAAGUGAAGUAGAUUCAAAGGGCUGCAGUGAUCAGAUUCAGGCUCUCCUAGGACAUUCAUCCUCUGGAGUUAGUGAAGACAUAAACAUCAUACUAAGCCCUCUGUCUAUUCCACAGGUAAGCCACCUUUCAACCUGUACUUGUUUGAGUGACAAAAGACUUUACCCCACAUUCUUCAGAACUGUGCCAAGUGACCACUUCCAAAUCCUUGGUCUGGUGCAGUUUAUGAAAUAUUUUGACUGGCACUGGGUGGGGAUUAUAUACUCGAAAGGUUUGUACUCAGAACAAGGAACAGCUAAAUUCAUCAUGGAAGCAAAGAAAGAGGGCAUAUGUGUUGAAUACACAUUACCUUACUCUAAGACUAAUCAAGUCAAGUUGGCUACUAUUGUAGAGACACUAAGGGAGUCCUCUUCGAAGGUGGUUUUGUUGUUUAUGUCUCUGUCUUUCACCAAAUCGUUCCUGUCAAAAAUUGAAAAAUAUAACAUCACUGGAAAGCAGUGGCUUGGAAGUGAGGCUUGGAUCACACAAGCAGUCCUGGCUUCUGUCAAGAGAAAGAUCAUUUUAAAUGGGGCAAUUGGCUUUGCCCUCCCUCUGGCAUACAUACCAGGUCUUGAUGAAUACUUACUCAGCCUGAAACCUUCGGAUGAACCACAGAGUUCUAUAAUUAAAGCUUUCUGGGAGAAGUUCUUUGACUGCAGCUUCUCUCCAUCAAGUACCACAACUAUGUGCACUGGAACAGAGGAUCUCAGGACGGUCUCCAGUGACUACACAGACGUGAAACAUUUCAGGGCUGAGAAUAAUGUAUACAAAGCUGUGUACUUGGUGGCAUAUGCUCUUCAUGCACUAUUGCAAUGUAAAAAUGGCUCAAAUCCCACCACGGGAAAACCCUGUGUGAACAAGAACGAAGUUCAGCCUAAGCUAGUGUUGGAACACAUUAACUAUGUGAACUUCACAACACAGAACGGGGCCAAGGUUUUCUUUGAUGGAAAUGGAGACUCAGUUGCCCAAUAUGACUUAGUUAACUGGCAGAUGAAAGAAGAUGGCUCUGUUGAGAUUGUCACUAUCGGUCAAUAUGAUACCUCUUACCCAGAGGGGGAAAAGUUCAAAAUAAAAGACAACACCAAAAUUGUUUGGGGAGGAAACAGUCAUGAGGUGCCAAGAUCUGUCUGCACAGAACCAUGCCCACCAGGGACCCGCAAGGCCGUAAACAAGUUUAAGCCUGUGUGCUGCUUUGACUGCUUUGAGUGUCCUGAGGGAACAAUAAGUAAUCAGACAAAUUCUCCAGACUGUUUGAGUUGUCCACCAGAAUUUUGGCCAAAUGAAAAGAAAGACAAGUGUCUUCCAAAACCGACUGAAUACCUUUCCUACGAAGAGAUCAUGGGAGCACUUUUGACUGGAUUUGGCUGUGUUGGUGUAUUUUUAUCUCUUCUGACAUCAAUAAUUUUUUUGACUCAUAAAGAGACUCCUAUUGUAAAAGCCAACAACUCUGAGCUGAGCUUCCUGCUGCUGUUCUCAUUAAAGCUGUGUUUCCUGUGUUCCCUGACCUUCAUAGGCCGGCCCACUGAGUGGUCCUGCAUGUUGCGACACACAGCAUUCGGCAUCACUUUUGUCCUCUGUAUCUCUUGUGUUCUGGGGAAAACUAUAGUGGUGUUAAUGGCCUUCAGGGCCACACUUCCAGGUAGUAAUAUGAUGAAAUGGUUUGGGCCUGCAAAGCAGAGGCUAAGUGUUCUGGCUUUCACACUCAUUCAAGUUAUAAUUUGUAUUCUUUGGCUGACAAUCAACCCUCCAUUUCCAAAUAGGAACAUGAAGUACUAUAAAGAAAGGAUAAUCUUAGAGUGUGCCCUGGGUUCAGCUGUUGGGUUCUGGGCUGUGUUGAGUUACAUCGGACUUCUUGCUCUCUUGUGUUUUAUACUUGCUUUUCUUGCUAGAAAGCUGCCAGACAGCUUUAAUGAAGCCAAACUGAUCACCUUCAGCAUGCUAAUAUUCUGUGCAGUCUGGAUCACAUUUAUCCCAGCAUAUGUCAGCUCUCCUGGGAAGUUCACUGUGGCUGUGGAGAUAUUUGCCAUUCUAGCCUCCAGUUUUGGUUUGCUGGUAUGCAUUUUUUUCCCAAAAUGUUAUAUUAUUAUCUUCAGGCCAGAACAAAACUCGAAAAAACAUUUGAUGGGCAAAAUACCACCAAUAAAUCUUUAA